UACGUACACCUUAACAUACAGUGCUGACAGUAACAAAUUGAACUUUCAACGCGUAAGGUGGUCGUGAUAUCGUAGGGGCAGUGUCAACCAUGGGUUGCGCCGGAUCAAAACACCAGGGGCCAAAGAAGGAGAAAAAGAAAUCCACUACCGAAAUAGUUACGGACGCGCAAGUUACAAACACAUCAGCGUAGCUAGUGACUAAGGAAACCAAAUUCACACAUCUAGUGCACAGUACAAUAAGCAGUGAAAACUUUCAAGUACAAACUGUAUCGUCAACUUCCAGCACUCAACCGGUGCAAUGUAACUAUGAUCUAUCAAACAAUGCCUAUGUGCUGGUGUUUCGCAAUGACGAGUUCGACCCGAUGCACAGCAGACAGGUUAGUGCAAAUGAUAUGAAACAAAUAAAAGAGUUUUGCCAGCACUAUCGAUGCGAUAGGCUUGACAUUAACGAAAAUAACACAAUAGCUGAAAUCAACAGUAAAAUGGAAGAAAUUUCCGAGAGAGAUUUCACCACAUACAGCUGCCUGAUCGUGUUCAUCAUGGGCAGUAAAUUUGGAAGUGCAACAAUCUUGGCAAAUGAUGGAGAAUAUUACUCCUUUAAACACUAUGUUCUGGAGUGUUGCACAACCAAUCGUACGCUGGACAUAAAACCCAAACUAUUUAUAAUACUAACUGGUGAACAAGACAAUACAACACCGUCCACCAUAGAAACUAUAAAACCGUGUAUGAGCUUUAAACUCGAUACGAUGAUUUUUGAGAGCUCGUACCAAGGAACUGCUUCAUUUCGAGACAUGAAAAAAGGUAAUUUUUUCAUGCAAUUUUUCCUCCGAUUAGUACACAAGCACAACAGAGAGAGUAUUAUGAAAAUCUACCCCCUGCUCUACCGGGAAUUUUUAAGAAGAUCCAUCCCGCAAACGCCAACGCUCACGACGACCUUGCGCAAGGAUCUAAUAUUAGGCCAUUUGCUCAAGCCCUGUGAGAAUAUGCCCACAAUUCCACACGAACCAUCUAUGUUACGAGAGGUUUACGACUUAUCAAAUGAUGCAUACGUGCUAGUGUUCCAUAACGAUGAAUUCGAAGACAGCGCUUUUAACCGGCCCGGAAGUGCAAAGGACAUGGAAAGAAUACAGCAAGUUUUGCAACAUUACCGUUGCGAUAAGCUUGAUAUCAAUGAAAACAAAUCAAAAGAAUAUGUGCAGCAAAAAAUGGCCGAAAUUUCACAAAAAGACUUCACCCCAUACAGCUGCCUGCUUGUGUUCAUCAUGAGCCACGGAAGUAUAAACGAUACAAUACUGGCUUCCGAUGGGAAGUGGUUUAACUUCCAGGAAGACAUCGUAGACAAAUGCACAUCAAAUCGUACCUUGAAUGGUAAACCAAAAGUACUUGUACUGCAGGCUUGCCGAGGAAACGAUCGAAUUGUGGUGGAUGCAAUACCCCCUAGGAGCGAUAAAGUAGAUCUGGUUAUUUUCCAAAGCACAUAUCAAGGCUGCAUAUCAUUUCGUGAUAUCCAAGAGGGCAGCUUUUUCAUGCAAUUUUUCUUAAAAUUGUUGCAUGAUAACAAUCACAAAAACAUCAUCAACAUCAAAACCCUGCUUAAUCAACAAUUCAGAGAGAGAAAAAUAGCCCAAGCACCCACAAUGACUGCGAGCUUGCGGAAAGACUUGAUAUUUGGUAAUCUUUUACGAUAGCCUUGGAAGUGAUGGAUUCUAUCGUACAUUGUUAUGUAAUACUAUGGAACACAGUCUUUGACAAUGUGCAGCUACGAUAAACAAGACACAGCAUUACUAUUUCAUUUUUCAAUGGAAAACCUGGGUUUAGGUGCCGUAGUAUUUCGUAGACAAUAAUUAAAAGCUUAUUUUAUCAGCAGACUCUCAAGGAAUUAAAACAUUCGUUCGGCAUUGGUAGUUUUAUCGCAUAUUAUUGUCAUUUUGAUUGCCAUUUGGAAUUUAAUACCUCAACAAAUCCAUUAUAAUGAUAUUGUCAUCAAUAAGAGAGUAGACGAGCCCUGUAAUAAGAUAAAAUGCUACAGUGAGCGAAAGGUAAAGUAACAUCUAUAGGAAUUUCUUUUCCUUUGGUUUAUUUGACUACCUAGUGGCUAAACAAAGUUGCUUAUGAUCUAUCAUUAAGAAAAUGAUGGAAAAUAGAGGAAAAAGACCAACAGAUGAAGAGUUGAAAGAGAGAGUCAGUUUGAGCUAGCGAGUGAUCGGAGUCCGGAUUUAAAUGACUCUGAAGAAAUGCAGAGAUCUAACAAGUCGGAGAAUUCGUAAAAUUUACGAAUGGAUACUAAUAAUGCAUACUAAUUUGAGCCGGUCUCGUAGUACAGUCGUCAACUCGUACGACAUAACAACAUGCCCGUCAUGGGUUCAAUCCCCAAAUAGACCGCGCCG